UCUCCACGUCCUGCUCUUUGGCGGUAUCAUGAUUUUGAUUUGGGCGCUUCUUUUGCCAUUGGCUUGUGUGUCUGCAGUUGGAGACAAACUUCAUGAAUAUGAAGUUAGUCCAGGUCAGAAUAUAACUCUGCCUUGCACAGCAAACCAGAAGACAGGACUGCAGUACUGGGCAUGCCGCUGGUAUAAGGAGACCGGAGUCCCUCGUCUGAGCGGGCUGGUGUCCAAAACACUCCCUGAUGGUCAGAUGAGGUGGUACGUGGACGCAGACACGCGGGUCUCUCUGGAGGAGGGGACUCUGAACCUGCGGCUGCCCACAGUGACGUGCUCUGACCAGGCAGUGUACCAGUGUUACCUGGCCGCACCUGUGGGGGAACAGAACAGGAAGGGGAGAGUACGCCUCAGUGUAACAGGCUGCCCCAGAGAAGAGCCAGCUCCUAGGCCUCCUCUGAACUCCCCAGAGCCGGUGGUCCCUGUGGUCUCUGUGGAUCUUUUGGUUCCUGUGUCUGCAUGUCUGCUCCUGUUCGUGGUUCUGUGUUCAGCAUUGUUUUGCCUGAAGAAAAACCAGUGGAACAACCCAAAGAAGCCCAUAGACCACCCUUUGUACCCGGACCUCUCCCCUCGUCCGGAAAAACAAAAAUGCAUUUUCGUAAACUUCAUUUUUCCGCCGUAUUCAAAAAUCUGCACCUCAGAAUUCACCCAUGUUUAAAUCCACAAUGUUUGGAAACAAGAGAUUCUCAGUUCUGCGAUGUGCACGGUUCCACGCUGGAUAGACAAAAAGAAUGUAUUUAUAAAAGACGAUUGGUCACAACAACAUGCUCUGCAAACAUAGCAAACAACGAAGUUAAAUUUGUCAACUGGACAAAUCUUGU